AUGGGUACCAAGUUACAUUUUAGUACUGCUUUCCACCCACAGACUGAUGGACAGUCGGAAAGAACCAUUCAGACCUUGGAAGACAUGUUGAGGUCUUGUGUUUUACAACUGAAAGACAGUUGGGAUACUCACCUUGCAUUGGUGGAGUUUGCUUAUAACAAUAGUUAUCAUUCGAGCAUUGAGAUGGCUCCGUAUGAGGCUCUGCAUGGGAGGAUGUGUAGAACUCCUGUUUGUUGGAAUGAAGUGGGUGAAAGGAAGUUGGAAAAGGUAGAUAGUAUUCGAGCCACAACUGAGAAGCUAUCUCCUUCGAAGGGUGUGAUGAGGUUCGGUAAACGCGGGAAGUUAAGCCCUCGUUAUAUUGGACCUUAUGAGAUCACCGAGCGCAUUGGACCAGUUGCUUAUAGACUUGCCUUACCUACAGAACUAUCUCGGAUCCAUGACGUGUUUCAUGUAUCCAUGCUAAGGAAGUACAUGCCUGAUCCUUCCUAUGUUUUAGAACACCAACCUGUGGAGUUGAGUGAAGAUUUGACGUACAAGGAGCAACCUGUACAGAUUUUGGAUAGGAAGGAGCAGAGGUUGCGCUCCAUAUCCAUUCCUGUAGUGAAAGUGUUGUGGAGAAGUCAAGCUGUUGAAGAGGCUACUUGGGAGCCCGAGGCUCAGAUGCGGGCCAAUUACCCUUAUCUCUUCAAUUGA